UUCUGGUAUCAAUGACGCUGCGAAGCGACGCGGGAGCGCAGCAGCAGCGCGCCGUCGUCGAUCGUCCGUGGCUCCGCCACCAGGAUCUUCUUCAAAAGGGCAAAGUAUUGUCACGACGAGCGUGCAGCGAAUCGUCCCAGACUACGUGGACCCAUUUUUGCCUCCAAGGGACGUCGUUACGGCAUCUUCUAUCGGAAGUCAUGCUUCGUGGCAGCCGCGCUUUUCUGUCGGAUUCGAAACAACGAAAGCGCCGUCCGGUGGUGCCGAAAUAACGGUUGGACCCCUUUCGGACCGUACGAAGGCAGAGGAGCAGAACUCGGUGAUAGCGCAAGAGGAGCUGGCACUUUCUCCGUUAAAUGCUGGCGAAUCCUUUGAGAGUGCUGCAGCGCAUCAUCCUUCCAUAAUAUCGAGGAAGACCCAGCAGCGUCAGAAAAGAGUCACAGCCUUGCAGCAGGACCGCGCCGUCGUCUCUGUGAAUGCAAUGCCAGACCACGUUGUUCAUGUCGUUGUAGACACUGCAACUUCCGAUAUAUUAAACGUUGCUGUCGACCACCGCAAUACAUUCACGGGCCUGUCGGCUCCCGCACCACCCAAUUUUUCGCGUCUUCGUCGGGGAAGCGAUCACAUGAUAUUCGAAGACGCACCCAAAGGGGCAGCAUGCCAGCACGAGCAGAAGUUUUCCGCGUUUGGUCACCAGAUCAUCGAGGACGGCUCCCGGAGAAAUGCGCGAGCACUGCUGCCGCCAACGAUGGCGAGAACCGGUGCUCGGCCCUUUGCAACACGGCCAGGAC